AUGACGCAGGUGUUCCCGCAGUUUGAGCCUUUAGGGCUUCGCACUUGGCUUUGCUCGCCGGAAAAGCCACAUCCCGGACAGCUGGUAGUGAUCUGCACCUGGUUGGGGGCCUCCCCCAAACAUAUUGCUAAAUAUGUCGAUCUCCACCGCUCCAUUGCUCCCCAUGCCCGAAUUCUUUUAAUUGAGUCCGAAGUGGCCAUUCUGGUCAGCAGUUAUGCUUACCAGCGACGAGCCAUUCAGCCAGCCGCCAGGGCUAUUUGCAACUCGCUGGCCGAGAGUUCCAGCAAUCAUCCGCCCAAGAUCCUGCUGCAUACCUUUUCAAACGGCGGUACCAACACGGCCACGCAACUUCUUAUUACUCUUCGUGAAACUCUCCACGAACCUUUACCGCUCAUUGGGUUGGUGCUGGACAGCACGCCCGCUAAGGGGACAUACUGGAAGUCUUACGAUGCAAUGGUCUUCUCCUUGCCCCCCUCGGGUCGCAUCUUCGGCUCCGCAGUGAUACAUGCUCUUCUAGUUGUUCUUUACGCCUGGAUCGCCUGUGGGAAUGAGAACCCAGCUAGUUUGAUGCGGCGCACGCUGUUGGAUGACAAAACCAUCUGCCCAGGCGACAAGGUACGCGAUGCCGGCGUCAACGGUAAUAUCUGUUACCUCUAUUCCAAAACAGACAGGAUGACGGACUGGCACGAUGUGAGAGACCAUGCAGAUGACGCUCGACAAAAAGGGUGGAAUGUGCAGGAAGUUCUUUUCGAUGGCAGUGGGCACUGUGCGCAUAUGGCCCAGGAUUCACAGAAGUAUUCCAAGGCCGUUAAACGGGUGUGGGAUAUGACGAUAGGGAGGCCAGUGUCAAAGCUCUAA